AUGAAAACAUCCCUCAAAACCACCGCCUUGCUGAUUGCAAGCUACACUCUAACUCCAGCACUUGCAAUCCCUACUACGGGUUCCUUCAGACGCGACAUGCACAAUGUCACAACCAACGCAACCAUGGCUCCUAUCAUGGGCGACGACUCAUUCAACUUCAACAUCUUGGCUUACAUGUCCGCCGCUCCAUACCAAGGCGCUGAUAUUGGCGAGGUGCUUGUUGCCGCCAACAAUAUCAAAGACGGAGAUUUCGAAAGUUUCUAUGAACAAUUCAACGCCCUGGCUACUCGCGUGCACAACCAGGCUGUCGCAAUUGACGCCAAGAAGCAUCCCGUCUCUGCUAGAAAUGCAUUUUUUCGAGCAGCUACUUAUUAUCGCGCUGCCGAUGUCUACCUUCAUGGCAACUGGAGUGAUCCGAGAAUUAUGGACUUGUGGGAAAAGCAAGCUGCAGAUUACGACAAGGCCAUUCAGCUGCUGCCGCAGCCCGGUGAACGAAUCCAGAUUCAGGCGGACAAUUUUACUAUCCCGGCUAUCUUCUUCAAAACCAACUGGCCCGGAAGACGCCCCACGGUUAUUCUUGGUCAAGGCUACGAUGGAGCCAUGGAAGACUUGUACCAUGUCAUGGGCCAAGCUCUUCUUGAGCGUGGCAUGAACGCUAUCGUGUACGAGGGUCCAGGACAGCCAACGGUCCGCCGAUAUCAAGAUCUCGGAUUCAUUCCCGAAUGGGAAAAGGUUGUAACCCCCGUCGUCGACUACGUCCUCACUCGUGAUGAUGUGCAAGCCGACAAGAUUGCUUUGAUGGGUUAUUCAUUCGGUGGCUUCCUGGCCCCCAGAGCUGCUGCUUUUGAGCACCGACUCGCAGCCGUCAUCGCGAUCGAUGGUGUCUAUGACUUCGGCGAAGCUAUCCUCCAACAGUUCGGCCCGGACGCUGCCAAGGCUGUUCGGGCUGGGAUGAAGAAGGAGGUCGAUGGUCUUGGCAAGCAGCUCCAAGCGAACCCAGAUUCUCCUACAACCUUGCGAUGGGGUGUGAACCAAGGCGAAUGGACUUUCAAGACUCAAUCAGCCUAUGAUUUUGUCAAGAAGGCCGAACAGUACACACUCAAGGGACUUACUCAGAAGAUUAAAGCUCCUGUAUUUGUCGGUGAAGCCAAGAGCGAUGUCUUUUUCGAGGGACAGGCUGCGAAGCUGGCCAAGGAACUUGGAGAGCGUGCCACUUACCAUGUAUUUGAGGAUGUUUUGGGUGCCGGUGAGCAUUGCCAGAUUGGAGCUUCAGUGUUGAUGAACCAGGUUUCUUUGGAUUGGCUGGAGGAUGUAUUUUGCAACUAG